AUGCUGACCGGAUUCUUGCUGCUUUCCUCGGCGCUGUCCGUGUUGCCUUUGUCUCUUGCGGCAGAAGGCGGCGUCGAGAAGAACGGGUCGACGUGCCGCGUCGUCCCCAUCGGCGGUGGCCAGGACGACGGACCAAACAUCCUCUCAGCGCUCAAGCAGUGCAACAACGGAGGCACGAUUGUCCUUGAUAGUUAUUACGUCGUCAACACCGUCCUCGUAACAGAUCUGCAAGAUGUCAACAUCGAGCUGAGCGGAACUCUGCAGUACACACCUAAUAUCGCGUAUUGGUCUCCCAACUCGUUGUUCCUGACUUAUCAAAACGCAACGACGUAUUGGUUCCUAUCUGGCUCUAACAUUCACCUAUAUGGUGGAGGGACGCUUGACGGCAACGGCCAAGUGUGGUGGGAUUAUCCCAAUGCUACUAUCGGUAUUGCGGGCGGCUCAUCGACAGACUUUGCCCGGCCCAUCCCCCUUACAGUCGGUAAUGCGAGUAACGUGCUGAUCGAGGAUCUGACUGAGAUUGGCUCGCCUUUCUGGAAUAACUUCGUGUACCAGUCCACCAACGUCACGUAUCGUAACAUCAAUAUAUCAACGGUCUCCUACUCGACCAACCCGACGAUCAACUCUGAUGGGUGGGACAUCUAUAGGUCAUCUUACGUCACAAUCGAGAACAGCACCGUCAAUAACGAUGAUGACUGCGUCUCGUUCAAACCAAACGCGACAAAUAUUCUUAUCCGAGACUUGAACUGUCUUACCGGGGAUGGUAUCUCCGUCGGUAGUCUUGGACAGUAUGCAGGAGAAACCGACAUCGUGGCCAACAUCACUGCUAUCAAUGUCAACUUAACAAACUCCCAGAACGGUGCUCGCAUCAAGUUGUUUGGAAGCUCUCCUCUUGCGAAUUCAACGGCAGGUGGCGGAGCGGGCUACGUCAAGAACGUGACGUUCUCUAACUUCAACGUUCAGAAUACGGAGUGGCCUAUCAUAAUUGACGAGUGCUUUGCAACACCUGUGUCCUGCUCCGAAUACCCGACACAACUGGACGUAUCUGACAUUUCCUUCACAAACAUCGCAGGCACGUCUUCAGGUACACUAGGCACGAUGGUCGUCGACCUGAACUGCACGUCGAGCUGUACGAACAUCACCGCCACCAAUAUCGAUCUCACGAGUCCUGCUGGAAAUGCCACAUAUUUUUGUUCGAACGUCACCAGUUCCAGUUUGGAGUUCGAUUGCAGUGGUAGUACAUAA